UCGGCGUUGUGUGUGUUCGGCGCUCGGCGUUGUGUGUGUUCGGCGCUCGGCGUUGCGCGGUGUCGCUGCGGGGCAGGACGGGGCCUUGGCAUUCCCAGCCCGGACUCCGCAGCGUCCCUGGAGCUUCGCGGCCUGCGGGGGCACCCGAAGUUCCGGUCCUGGUAGCAACACCCGUGCCCUCCCCCAGACCCCAUCUCCAGAUCGUGCCCCCUUCCUCCUUCAGCCCCCACUGCUUUCUAACCCUUUUAUCAGGACCCCGUCAGUCCCUAGCCACCUGUUGCUCUCUGGCAACUAUGGAGGAGCCACGGUGCCUACAAGCCAACUGCUUCUUCCGUGGCAAGGAGCACAGCAUCCAGCUGAGUGUGAGCCAAGCAGCGCUGGAGGUGGAGGUGGAGGAACGCCACAGCACCAAGCGCUGGCGGGGCCACUUUGAUGCUACCUCUGUCGAGGACCUGACACGCAAAACGGGCAACUUCAAGCAGUUUGGGAUCUUCUGCAGCAUGCUUGAAGCAGCACUAAUGAAGAGCAGUGAGGCUGUCAGCCUGGAGCUACUCACCUACCAUGACCUGGAGGCCCUGCGGAGCUGUAAGGCAGGGGUAGCUACACGUGUGCCCCACUCAACCUCGCCACUUAGCAGCAAGCGGUACCUCAUACUCAUCUACUGCGUCGAAUUUGACAGGAUCCACUACCCGCUGUCAUUGGCCUACGUUGGUGAGGCAGACGUUGCUGCACUGCGACGCCUGGUGCAGGAGCAGCAGGAUGAACUGGCACAGCUGCGGGAUGAAUUACAGCGGGCGCAGCAGGAAGUGUGGAGGCUGGAGGAUGAACGGCUGCAGGACAAGGCCUGGCAUCAGAAGAAGCAGCAGUGGAUGUCCAAGGAGCUGACAGAGGUGAAGGCGGCUGAAAAGAUGCUGCGGAUGCGUGUGAAGACACUGACAGCUGAGCUGGCAGCGUGCAGGAAAGGGCGCAGCACAUCAGCCACAGCACGAGGCCUCCCACGAGAUCGCCACCGCUCUAAAUCUCAGGACAGCCGCAGUAGCAGCCAAGGCUGCCUGCCACCACAGUCCCCAUCUCCUGCAGGUUCACGGCCACCACGCUUCAACCCCACAGCCUUUGUGAGAGCCCGCGAGCAACGGCGGCAGGAGACAGAGCUCCAAAGGCAGAAGCUGCAGCGUGGGACGGUGUCAAGCGGUGACAACUGUAGGAGGAGGUGCAGGCGCAGCUCUUCAGCUGAAAGUUUCCAGAGCCGGCGCUCAGCACUGAGCUCAGGCAGUGAGGCUGGUACAUGUCCCCAGCGCCGCAGAGGUUUGGGGGGUCCUAGCACCUGGAGUCCACUUAGUGCUUCGUCCUGCAACAGUGCUAGUGUGCCAUCUCACCUGGAUCGGGGCCACAAAAAGCGUGGAAAAGAGAACCUGGGCACAGAGACUUCAGCCACACUGUCUGAAAUUGAUGCCCGGCUUCAAGCACUGCAGGCAUAUAUCAGCACCCUGGGCACUCACAUGUGAAGCCUCCCCGGGGGCCACUAGGAGCUCACCUCAGGGGGACCAGACCCAGGCAUUGGUGUGCCACAAGGCCACCAGUGCCCAAGCAGUAUCCCCACUGUCCCUCAAAGGGAUCAACACUGGCAGGAUGUGGUUUAAUAAACGACUGCAUGGUUCUGUGGGA